AUGCACUCGUAUAGCCUUCUUUCAGCCGCUUUCGUGACCCUCACGAGCCUUUCAAGUGCAACCCCCGUGCACCCACGGGGUCAUCCUCCUCCGCCACCCGCUCCCCAGAAAUCUUCAUGGUUCCCAGGACCCCCAUCCGCGCCUGGAAAGCCGGGACCAACAGUAUCGACGUGGACAACGCAGCCUGCUUUCACGACUCUCACAGCACCAGGGUCAAGCUCAACAGCUCCUGCAUCACCAUCAUGCUCAGGACAUUUCGAGCCGCUGGCACCACCUUACCUCAAUGACCUGGCUCGCUCUGCCGGAAAGUUAUGGUUUGGGAGUGCCACAGACCAACCAGGGACGGGGGAAGACACCAACAUUCUGUACCAGGAAAUCCUGAAUGACACCGACAUCUUCGGCCAAAUCACUCCGGCAAAUUACAUGAAAUUCUUCGCCACCGAGCCAGAGCAAGGUGUGUUCAACUUCACAGGUGGUCAGAUUGCAGUCGACAUCGCCCAGGACCAUGGUAAAUACCUGCGAUGCCAUAACCUGGUCUGGAACUCGCAGCUCAGUGACUUUGUCGUGAACGGCACCUGGACCAAAGAAACCCUAACGGUUGUCAUGAAAAACCACAUUCAAACAUUGAUCACUCACUGGCAAGAUGCCUGCUAUUCCUGGGACGUGGUAAACGAAGCUCUGGCAGCCAACGGUAGCUUCUCCGAGAGUAUCUGGUCUGACGCCGUGUUGGCCCAACAGUACGACGUGAUCGGUCCGGAGUACUUCUUCCUCGCAUUCCAGUUUGCCCAGGAAGCCGUUGAGGCCACAGGGAAGGACAUCAAGCUGUUCUAUAACGACUACGGCAUCGAGGAUACAGGAAACAAGACCCAGGCGACGUACGCACUGAUCAAAGAGGUUCAAGCUCGCGGCAUCAAGAUCGAUGGAGUCGGCCUUGAAUCCCACUUCGAGGUAGGCGGCACGCCGAGCCUCGAGGAGCAAAUCGCUGCUAAGCAGGGAUAUGUGGCGCUGGGGUUGGAGGUGGCCAUCACAGAGCUAGACGUCCGCUUCGUCGAGGCCAACGCGACCAACGCCACCGCGUUCGCGCUGCAAGCCCAGAACUACUAUGACAGCGUGGCCAGCUGCGUCCAGGUCGACGGUUGUAUCGGCAUCACCGUCUGGGACUUUGAUGACCAGUACUCCUGGAUCCCUGGCACCUUCCCAGGCCAGGGCGCCGCAGAUCUGUACAAUGCAGAUUUUACCCGGAAGCCUGCCUACUACGCGGUUGGAGAGGCCCUGCAGGGGGUCCCGUGCUCUGUCUGCUCCGCUUAA